AUUUGCAAUGCGGAUUCGAAGAAUUGAAGAUGUAGUUGCGAUGUUGUUCGCUUUUGACUCGGUAUGCUUGCGUUUGGAAAAAAUAGCCUCUCCAUUUCGAAACUAGAUCCUUCACCCUAUUUUUGCCGGAGCUUGCGCACUUCGUAACGAUGGAUUCGUUCGCGAAAGUCUGCACCGCUUUGCGUCGGGACCUGGAUGUGGUGAUGGGAACGAAGGCGGAAGAGAAAAAGGUCGACAAAGUUUCACAAGAGAAGACGACAAAGUCUCUGAUAGCCACACAGCAGAAGGGCUUCGGCGAGGUUGCGGAGAAGAUUGCAAAGGACUUCUGCGCCGGAGACAAAAACCGUCCGGAUACUAGCACGCUCCCCAGCAAAUCAUCCUCUAGCACGAAGACCAGCAUCUUCGACGACGUGAACAAGCCGAAUAUCUUCAACACGCAGACUAAGCCCCCCAUGCUGUUCAACCAGGUUGACCCACCUCAGGCGACCAGCAAAAAGGACGGCGCCAUCAGGAAGAGUGGCGUCAUGGACACGAAGAUGCAGACGCUGCUUGACAUCUCCCCCGCAUUGGUGCCGUUCGCUGAGGAAACCUUCGGAAGCAGCACCCUCGUCGACCCGGGGCCUUGGAGGGAAAAGUUUGUGAUUGGAGGAGGAGGUUGAUUGAAAGGCGCUGUAUAUGUACCCCCUUUUUUUUCCCGAAGAGCAAGAGUAGAGCAGGUUUAGCGCAAUGUAGACCAGCAGCAUUUUUUUUCCUUUGAGUCCUUAGCAGUCCUCGGUGUUUUUCCGCAAUUUGAGAUUCGGUUGUUUGAGUUUUUUGAUUGCUGUAGAUGUCUAGUGAUUUUAGUGCCCGCAGGAAAAUUUUCUUUUACGUUGUCAUGCUGUUUAUUCAUUGUUUUACGCUGUAUUUCCGCUGCUGUAGCUGUAGGAGUUACCCGUAGUAUCGUUUUAUGCUGUGCUGUAGCUGUCGGAGUGCCCUGAGUUUUUAGUCUCUUGCUUUGCUGCUGUGCUGGUUGUUGCUGCUGCUGUGCUCUGCUGAGUCCCAAGUGAAAGAGAACAACAGAGAUUGCCAGACCUUCGCUGCCAUAGUCGGCUCUGUCGAUUGGCUAGCGCGAAAGCCCACGCUACUGUUAGGUGGGUUUUCGAAUCUAAAUAAAUAAAUAAAUGCGC